AUGGGCAAGCUUCUAUUGGAACUGACCAGAGGUCAUGUGUGGUUUCUCGACAGGUCUGAAUGCUCUUGCUGGCGGUGUGAUAUACCCAGAUAGCGCAGGAGGCUUUCACUAUGAGGAAAGUGGAAAACUCCUGUCCAUCACUAGCAACAGAUUCAUACGCUGGUGAGUUGUGCUUGCUAUGUAUGUUUUUGUAUACACUACAUGACCAAAAGUAUGUGGACACCUGCUUGUCGAACAUCCCAUUCCAGAAUCAUGGGCAUUAAUAUGGAGUUGAUCCCCCCCCUUGCUGCUAUAACAGCCUCCACUCUUCUGGGAAGACUUUCCAAUAGAUGUUGGAACAUUGCUGCAGGGACUUGCUUCCAUUCAGCCACAAGUAUUAGUGAGGCCUGGCUCGCAGUCAGCGUUACAAUUCAUCCCAAAGGUGUUUAUUGGGGUUGAGGUCAGGGCUCUGUGCAGGCCAGUCAAGUUCUUCCACACAGAUCUCGACAAACCAUUUCUGGAUGGACCUCGCUGUGUGCACGGAGGCAUUGUCAAGCUGAAACAGGAAAAGUUGGAAGUACAGAAUUGUCUAGAAUGUCAUUGUAUGCUGUAUCGUUAGGAUUCCCCUUCACUGGAACUAAGGGGCCUAGCCCGAACCAUUAUUGUUCCUCCACCAAACUUGGCACUAUGCAUUAGGGCAGGUAUCGUUCUCCUGGCAUCCGCCAAACACAGAUACGUCUGUCAGACUGCCAGAUGGUGAAGUGUGACUCAUCACUCCAGAGAACGUGUUUCCACUGCUCCAGAGUCCAAUGGCGGCAAGCUUUACGCCACUCCAGUCGACGACACUUGGCAUUGCGCAUGGUGAUCUUAGGCUUGUGUGCGGCUGCUCGGCCAUGGAAACCAAUUUCAUGAAGCUCCCGGCAAACAGUUUGUGUGCUGACGUUGCUUCCAGAGGCAGUUGGGAACUCUGUAGUGAGUGUUGCAACCGAGGACCGACGAUUUUUACGUGCUUCAGCACUCUGUGGUCCUGUUCUGUGAGCUUGUGUGGCCUACCACUUCGCGGCUGAGCCGUUGUUGCUCCUAGAUGUUUCCACUUCACAGUAACAGCACUUACAGUUGACCGGAGCAGCUCUAGCAGGGCAGAAAUUUGACGAACUGACUUGUUGGAAAGGUGGCAUCCUAUGACGGUGCCACGUUGAAUGUCACUGAGUUUUUCAGUAAGGCCAUUUUUCUGCCAAUGUUUGUCUAUGGGAAUUGGAAACUGUGUGCUCGAUUGGCUGUGUGCUCUAUUUUAUACACCUGUUAGCAACGGGUGUGGCUGAAACAGCCGAAUCCACUAAUUUGAAGGCGUGUCUACAUACUUUUGUAUAUAAAUAUUUGUAUGUAUAUAUAUAUUUGUAUGUACUCUUUUGUUUCUGUUUGGUCAGAUUUUUAUUUCUUAUCAACACUGGUAUGUUAUCUAUUCAUAGCCAGUCUGUGUUCUAUGACGUUAGUCUUGCUAGACUGCGUCGUAGACCUAGACCUAGACUAGUCUUGAGGGACCGCUGCUUUGAAGUAAACUGCUUAGCGAUUCUGACGCAUGCCUCAGGGCUCCGGUAUCAAACGUAACAUCACUAGGGACCACUGUAUGUGACACGGGUUCUGUGACACAGUUUCCAGACUGAGAAUCCAUACGAUGCAGCUGGCACUGAUCCAGGCUAGCCUUCAUGUGUCAAUGCAGAAUUGUUUUGACAUGCAUCACCCACACACACACACCUCCGAGGCCUUUAUUGGGAUUGACGUGCUGUCUCAUCUAUGUCUUCUCUCCAGGUCCACCUCCGGGGACACGGUGCAGCUGGUGGAGCAGUCUCUGGACACCAACCUACUGAACAAUGCUGUUAAACUCAAGAUCACACACUGCCCCCUGCUGCCUGGAGGCAUACACAUCCAGGAGACCCUCAACAAUGUCAUCCUCCUCAUCGUCACCAACCAGACUGUGCACCGGCUGGUGCUGCCGCACCCCACACGCAUGUUCCGCAGCGUAAGUCCCUCUUUAGGAUGCUUCUAAACCAAAAUGCAUGAAUCGUGUGUCUGACGCAGGGUUGCAGUGGAGUGGGGAGAAAUGAUUUGUGUGAAACGUUCUAUGUUUUUAAUUGGAUGACAUAUACAAUGUUCUUACUUUUCUGACGGACAGCGCAACACAACCUUUCCCCAACACACUGUGCUGUAUACAAAUAUACUUUUUCCUCCCUCACCUCUCUUCUACAGGAGCUGGUGACAGAGCUCCAGAUGCAGUCCAUAUUUACAGACCUAGGGAAAAUGAGUCUGCAAGACCCGUCCCACAGCGCAGUCAUCCCCAGCCCUGUGGGCCAGACAGCAGGCCCCACCGCCUCAGCAGCCUGGCUCAGCCACCAGGGAGAGGCCCAUUACGCCCUGGCAUCACCCGCAGGGGGCAUCCUCGUCAUCACACUGCCCCCACACGACACACAGGCCAGCGUGACCAUUCUGGAGCUGAAGACAAGCUCUGUGAUGCAGAGACUGGCUGGCUGGAUGCCAACUGCCAUCAGGUUAGAAUACAUAUUUUUUUACUUCAUUAAUAGAUUGAGUCUGGGCCCGUGUAAUCGCCCCCAUUGUGUAAACCAACCCUGGUUAUUUUGUUUGUGUGUAUGUGUAACCCUCCCUGUGCUCCUGUGUGUCCCGUCCAGAGGUGAGCAGAGCCCUGGAGAUCUGGUCCUGAGUCUGGCUGUGAGGGAACUGGAGGACGACACCUUCAUCUUGGCUCUGUGUCAGGACCAUAAACUACGCAUGUGGUCCUAUAGGGUCAGUCCCAUAGAGAUACUGUCCUAUUGAAUUCUGUGGUCAGUCUGCAUAAGCAGUAGUCCAGAAGCAUGACAUGCUGUUAAAUCUGAGAAAGGUGAAAGUUCCACUGGUCUACCCCAGGCACUUUGUGUUUUGGUUUAGAAAAGGACAUGAGCGUCCAGAAACAGAACAAAAUAAAUCCUAGUACAUGCAGUGCUAUGAAAAAGUAUUUGCCCCCUUUCUAAUUUUCUCUACUUUUGCAUAUUUGUGAUACUGAAUGUUAUCAGAUCUUCAACCAAAACCUAAUAUUAGAUAAAGGGAACAUAAGUGAACAAAUAACACAACAAUUACAUAUUUAUUUCAUAAAGUUAUGCCACACCCAAUUCCCCUGUGUGAAAAAGUAAUUGCCCCCUUACACUCUAACUUGUUGUGCCACCUUAAGCUACAAUGACUCCAACCAAAUGCAUCCUGUAGUUGUUAGUCAGUCUCACAAAUCGCUGUGGAGGAAUUUUGGCCCACUUCCAUGCAGAACUGCUUUAACUCAGUGACGUGUGGGUUUUCAAGCAUGAACUGCUCGUUUCAAGUCCUGCUACAACAUCUCAAUUGGGAUUAGGUCUGGUCUUUGACUAGGCCAUUCCAAAACUUCCAAUUUGUUGCUUUUUAGCAAUUUUCAUGUAGACUUGAUUGUGUGUUUUGGAUCAUUGUCUUGCUGCAUGACCCAGCUGCGCUUCAGCUUCAGCUCACAGACGGAUGGUCUGACAUUCUUCUGUAGAAUUCUCUGAUACAGAGCAGAAUUCAUGGUUUCUUCUAUUAAGGCAAGUCGUCCAGGUCCUGAGGCAGCAAAGCAUCCCCAAAGCAUCACACCACCACCACCAUGCUUGACCUUUGGUAUGAUGUUCUUACUGUGGAAUGCAGUGUUUGGUUUUCGGCAGACAUAAUGGGACCCAUCUCGUCCAAAAAGUUGACUCAAGUUUUGCCAAAAAGCACCUGGAUGAUCAUCAAGACUCUUGGAAGAAGGUUCUAUGGACAGAUGAUUCAAAAGUAUAACUUUUUGGAUGACAUGGUUCCAGUAUUGCCUGGCGAAAACCAAACUCUGCAUUCCACAGUAAGAACAUCAUACCAAAGGUCAAGCAUGGUGGUGGUGGUGUGAUGGUUUGGGGAUGCUUUGCUGCCUCAGGACCUGGAUGACUUGCCUUAAUAGAAGGAACCAUGAAUUCUGCUCUGUAUCAGAGAAUUCUACAGGAGAAUGUCAGACCAUCCGUCUGUGAGCUGAAGCUGAAGCGCAGCUGGGUCAUGCAGCAAGACAAUGAUCCAAAACACACAAUCAAGUCUACAUGAAAAUUGCUAAAAAGCAACAAAUUGGAAGUUUUGGAAUGGCCUAGUCAAAGUCCAGACCUAAUCCCAAUUGAGAUGUUGUGGCAGGACUUGAAACGAGCAGUUCAUGCUUGAAAACCCACACGUCACUCAGUUAAAGCAGUUCUGCAUAGAAGAGUGGGCAAAAAUUCCUCCACAGCGACGUGAGAGACUGAUCAACUACACGAAGCAUUUGGUUGGAGUCAUUGCAGCUGAAGGUGGCACAACCAGUUAUUGAGUGUAAGGGGGCAAUUACUUUUUCACACAGGGGAAUUGGGUGUUGCAUAACUUUGUUUAUGAAAUAAAUAUGUAAUUGUUGUGUUAUUUGUUCACUUAUGUUCCCUUUAUCUAAUAUUAGGUUUUGGUUGAAGAUCUGAUAACAUUCAGUAUCACAAAUAUGCAAAAGUAGAGAAUAUUAGAAAGGGGGCAAAUACUUUUUCAUAUCGCGUGUGCAAUGAUGUCCGAGGGAAUAAAACAGCGUUAGUUGUUUUCAAAGUAACGUCUUUGUUGUAAUAUCGCAAAUGGAUGUAGCAGUGCCAAGAAAUGUCCUUUAGAGGAAGGAUGUUAAACUUUUUCAUUUGGAUCUAAAAGUAAGCAUAAUUGAUUACAUGUUGAGGAAUAUUAACCUGGAUAUCAACAAAAUGAAUAAUACAAAAAUUGGAACUGAAACAGGUUUUGCUAACAUGAGAAGUCCGUUCUUCCCCCUCCCUCCCCCUACAGGGCCAGGCAUGUCUGAUGGAGGCUGACAUGUUGGAAUACAUGCCGGCGUGCCGGGGGGUGAAGCGUUCCCCAGGACAGGGCCAUCGGCUGCGGCUAGCCUUCUCCUCCACGGGGCUGUGUCUGGCAGUCUACCUGGCCGUGCCUUCCAGGGGACAGUUCACUGUGCUGCAGCUGGUGGCCACAGACAACAACUGCUACAGCCUGGACCACAUCUCCUCGCUGUUUGCCACACAGGUACAUGGAGGAAAGGUGUGGGGGGGGGUGUGUGAGUAGGGGUUGUCUUUGGGGAAGAAUGUGUGUCGGUUUAGAAUGUCUGGGAUUUUGAUAUUGUUUGUGUGUGUUAGGUAGUGGAAAGUCUCAUCUCAGAAAUAUAAUGUGUUGUCAGCCUGACUCCUCUCCUGUGUGUGGUGUGAUCAGGAGACACUGGUAGACUUUGCUCUCACUUCUACGGCCAUCUGGGGCCUGUGGCUGGACGACAGCAACCAAACCGUGGUGAAAUACAUCAACUUCGAACAGUGAGUAUGACACGCUGUUUAGACUAUCCUUUGGAUAGUGUAAUGGACUUAUAUGCCUAUAUAUCAAGAGAUGAUCUGUAACAUUAAAUAAAGGUUACUGGAGGGCGGUAACAGUUAAAUAAAGGUUAAAUAAAAAAUAAAAAACAUUGAAUUUGUUUUGCUGUCCAUUUCACACUCCUACUCUGCUUACCUCCAUUGUGACAUCACAGUUCCACGGCAGGUCAGUGGAACCAGGUGUUUGUGCAGCCUGCCCCUGAGGAAGAGGUCCACAUCGGCGCAGACCAGGACCCCAGGGUAAGACAACACCACAUCAUUCAUCACUGAUAUCAAAUGGGAUUUGAAUUGAUUAAUCCGAUUUUAAUUAAAUGAACUGAUUUAAUCAGAACCUGAUUUGAUGACAUCGCCCACUAUCCAAACUUCAUUGCAAUUGAUCAGUAUCCUCCUAUUCCAUAUUGUGCCUACCCAUAUCAGAAAAACACUAGAUUUUAUAAUCAAGCUAAUUUGUCCUCUUGUGUUAUGACAGGAGACCUACCUGGACAUGCUCUUCUCCUCCCUGAGAUUCACUGCCUCCGCUAUAGUCAAAGCCCUUCAGAUUUACAGGAGAGGCACAGAGCGAAUCACUGAUCUCCCCUGGGAGACCCUCAAGAAAGAGGUGACGGUGGCCGUGGAGAAGGAGGUAAGCUAGACCAGACUCCCUGCUUUCUGCGUAUUCUCUCUCCCCCUCUGACUCACACACACACACACACACACACAAUCUCCUUCUGACACUGCUGCGUUUCCUAGAUGUAUGACUAUCUCUCCCCCUUUAGCUGCAGAGCAGUGUGACUGAGUUUGAGUUCAGCCAGGAGGAGUACAGGCAGCUACAGGUGGAGUUCUGGUCCAAGUUCUACGCCUGCUGUCUGCAAUACCAGGAGGCUCUGGCCACACCGCUGGGCCUGCUGCUCAACCCACAUACACACAUGGUCUGUGUGCUCAAGAAGGUACGGGAUGGAAGAGAGACUACAUUGCACUAACUUCUUGCAUACGUUUAGUUGAUUUGGGACCAUGUGACCCAAAAGGGGACAUAGGAAACCUGGUCAUUUAAAACAUAUACUCUUUUUAUGUUUCAUAUUAGAAUAAUUUUGCUGGAUUGCAGUCAAUAAGUGACUGUGUUUGAUCCAGGGCUUUGUGUCAUUCCUGGUGCCCUGCUUUGCUGUGGACCACCUGUACCUGUCUUUUGAUGAGUACCUGUUCUCAGAGGAAGAGACACCUUUGGCUGAGGGUAAAGACCUCUCAUUUAUCUGUGUCUACUGAGAAUGUAUAGUAGCUAUUUUAGAUCCAGAGAGCUCUUUACCUACUGAGGUUUUGUCAAGUGUGGCCAAUGUAGCCAUUAUGGCUCUAAGUGGCUCCAUGUGAAUGUGUUUCUCCUUGUUGAAAAGGUAGACAUUGUUUGCCAUUUUGGCUCUGCGGGGCUCCCUAACUCAUCCCAGUUUCUCCUCGUACCAUGUUUCCCUAUGUCCAGACCCAGAGGUUGGUCGUGACGUGCUGCAGCUGGUGCAGUGUCUGAGGCUGGUGAGUGACGCGGUGCCGGGAGACAUGGCCUACGAGAUGGAGAAGGCCCUGGAACAUCUCCAGUCACCGGAGAGGGCUGCAGAGAUGGUGCUGGAGAACCUACUGGCCAACGACAAGUCAGUACACACACCUCAACAGUUUUUGAAAAUGACUAUGUACUGUCUAUGGAGGCCAAUUUGAAAGUCAAUUAAUGAAUUGGAAAAAUAACCAACAAACGUUCUUGACCUCCUAUGGGUCAUUCACAUGUAGGCAUUACCGUGUUUUGUGACUGACUGUUAUGUAUCUUUCAUUCCCAUCGUAGUGAGAAUGUGAUAGAGGACAUCCAUAACAAACUACAAGACAUCCGUAACCCGGUGGCAGCCAUGGCCGUGCUGAUCAGAGAGAUGGACCUGGAGACUGACUCGGAGCCAGGAGGCGAGGGGUCUCUCACCACAGGUAAGGCCUAUAUAAUAUUUUACCAUGCUAUACCUACCACGCUAUACCAUGGCUAAUAUAUAUCAACACAUAUUAGCCCUAGAUAAUGCUAUAUGGUGCCUGUUUUAUUGACUGGUAAGUUUAGGUUUUCUUGUUAUUUGAGAAGAAAUUUAAACUGAAUGCUGUUUGAGCUCAGUCUGUGUUCAAACUGCGGUCAGACAGACCUUCAAAUGAAAACGGACCGGUUUAAACUGAUGUGUGUGUGAGAUCGUGUGUUUGACCUGUGUGUGUGUGUGUGUGUGUGUGUGUCUGUCUGUGUCUGUCUCGCGCGUCUGUCUCGCGUGUGUGUGCUCCAGCAGGCCAGUCCCUGUCGGUGCGGAUCAGUCUAUCCCAGCUGUAUGGAAGCAGUGUAGCGGUGGCUGUGGUGUGUCAGGCUGUCUGUCAGAUGGCCAUGACCAGAGUCCUGUUCUGUAGGGACCUGCUCAUACUGCAGCAGCUCUACCUACGCCUAGGAGACAAUGUAAGUACGCACACUGAGACAGAAAUACAAACGCAUCACACUAUGGUUGACCCCGACAAAAAAAAAUCGUGGUCGACAGAGUCGUCAAUCGAUUGGUAGAAAUGUUACAACUUUUUUUUCCAUAUAUAGACAUCCUAUGUGUUUUCAUCAAAUCAACUAUAUGCACUGAGCUUGUCUGAUGCUUUAAGUGCACUGUUUGAUGAAAUAAUUAAGACGCACAAAUGGCUAGAGGGAGUCUGACCGCAAUUGAUUUGAUUGUGCCGGGCCGGGCUAAGACUUGCUGCGCUGUGUUAAAAGAUAAUGACAGCGAGUGGCUGUGAACAGCACCUACUGUCUCCCUCUCCUCCCUGCUGCAGCGAACACCACAGAACAUCAAAGUGUUUAUCGCGCUGUCCGUGGCGCUGAAGCUGCAACAUAAUUACAGCCAUUUCUGACUGAGAAUUCUGUUACCAAAAUCCCUCAUUUGUUUAGGAAAAACAUUCCCUAUUCCCUCAACCUUUGCUCUCUUUACGUGACACAUAUGCAUAAAAAUACACAAAUUCAUAUGCUGUGUGAUGACAUUAACGAAUGAAUGAUUGAUACAGUAGUUGGCGUUUCCUCUCUCCUCACUUUUCUUAGACAAUUAAGGCAAGUGCUGUUUUCUCUUCUCUUAACUCCGCUGCUGCCUCCGCCGCAUUGUUCUUAACACCAAUAUGCUGGGUAACUUUGCUGUUAUGCACAUAGCAACAUGGUCUAGGAAAAGGCUCCAAUUCAACGGCACGUUGAUGUUUCAGAACCGUGGACAGCGACUACUAUCCAAUGCGGGAGAAAGUGCAUUUGUUAUAAAAUAUUUGUGCUAGUGUUGCACCAUUGUUCUUAGGUAAUAUACCCUUAUACAAUAGCGCAUGUCUUGGUGAUGGACUGCCAUCUCCACGGCCUCCACAAUAGAUUAGUCCACUCAGACAGGCGCCACUCAGACAGGUGUCUUGUACACCAUGAAAAUAAUUGUUUUUUGUUACUGCUCGACUAAAGAAAUCUUGGUCGACCAACAGCCUAUCGACCAACAGCCUAUCGACCAACAGCCUAUCGACCAAACAAUCGACCAGUCGACUUAAUGGGGUCCGCCCCUACAUCACACACACGCCCAUGUCAGUCUGCUCUUUUUACUUAACUGUGUGUGUGUUCUCCAGGUGUUCCUGGGUGGAGGGGCUCAGCUGCUCCAGUUACAACAGGACCUGAUCCCCCGCUCCUCUCAGCUUCUCUCCUCCUACUAUCUCCUCAAACACAUCACCCAGAGCCUGACCACCACCGUGGCCCUCCACAUCAUGUACGUACACACACAACACACAGCAGAUACAACGCAACGUAUUGAAUUCAGUCUGGUUGACAUUUAUUGUGUUCUCCCUCCAGAGAUGCCAACCUACAGCACCUGUCUGUCCUGGACCUGUCUGAUUCUCCUGCUAUGGCCAGCAACAGAUCAGGUCAGUGCCUAUGUGUAGCCUAAAUGUUGACUUCAAGCCUCUCUCUAAGCGACAACUGUUUUUUCCUGUUUAAUCAGGAAUUCUUCUGACAUUGCCCUCUAUUCAUACAUCAUUGAAAUAUGCCUAGCUAACCCAAACCAAUAUCAUACUUUUGUCAGACAUUUCCUGAUUGUCUAUAUUGUCCUGAUCACAUCCCUGUAUCCAACUCUGUUUUCCUUCCCCCUCAGUCCUGAGCCCCCAGACGGUGGUGGAGCUGUUCUACCAGAGCGUAGCGCGAAAGGCCAUCAUUAGCCAGAUCUACUCCCGGCAGCACAGCCCCUCCCCGGGCACAGCCCUGCUCCACUGGCCCCGCAUGGUCUCCAGUUUAGUCACCCUACUGGCUCAGCAACUGUAUCCUACUACACACAUGACUGUGCUUGGCUAAGCAAGAGUUGAUAUGUUUCCCUAGGAAAGGUUAUUUACACGGCUGGCAUAUUUUACAUUAGGUUAAGUGAGCCCUAAAAUUGAUAUUUAGGCAAGGUUAUUCCUGUCCUCCUACACGGCUAGGCUUGUCGAGGCUAGAGUUAAUAUGCUUUAGGCAAGGUUGUUAUUACGCACCACAUGGCUAGCACAUGCUAUGCUAUUAAAGCUAGGCUAAACUAAAUUGUAUGUGUUUAGGCAACGAUUUGACUAUUAACCUUAGAGGGUUGCAAUGAGGUGUACUGUAAAUAAUGUCAAGGUUGGCCCUUAACACUAUCUCUAUAGCUGGCCCAACAACCUUGGCUUCCAGUUCCCUGAGUGUCUGAUGGGCAACUGCCAGUACACACAACUACAGGUGAGACACUUCCCACGGACUCAACAACCCUCUCACACACUAUUUGUGUUGGAUCAUGGUUGUUGUUUUUUUAACCUUGACUGCGUAAACAAUUUCCCAAUUGGAACAAUAGAUAUAUUUAUUGAUUGAACCCCAAAGCAGACUUAAUUAAAAAGCCAACUGAUGCAUUUUUAAAUAGAGUACUUUUUUAACCUCUCCUUUUCUCUCCAGGAGUAUGUGCGUCUCAUUCGGCCGUGGUGUCAGGUUAACGUGGGCUCCUGCCGCUUCAUGCUGGGACAGUGUUACCUGGCCAAUGGAGAGGGACAGAAGGUGUGUUUUUAAAGUGGAGCUGACAGCGUUUUAACUACUUAUCAGAUAUGAAACAAUCAUAUCAGUCAAAAAUAUAAUAUUCCCAGUCUAUGCUACAAAACCAACUUUAUAAGAGGUUUUGAAAAUAGGUUAUAUUUGCCUCAACAUUCCAUGACGUACACUAAGGCAUUGUUGGCAGAAUAGAUUAAUGCAGUUCAAUGCAUGAUUAAUAUACUGAACAAAAAUAUAAACGCAACAUGCAACAAUUUCAACGAUUUUACUGAGUUACAGUUCAUAUAAGGAAAUCAGUCAAUUGAAAUUAAUUCAGUAGACCCACCCACUGGGGAGCCAGGCCCAGCCAAUCAGGAGUUAUUUUCCCACAGAAGGACUUUAUUACAGACCGAAAAUACUACUCAGUUUCAUCAGCUGUCCGGGUGGCUGGUCUCAGACGAUCCCGCAGGUAAAGAAGCUUGAUGUGAGGUCCUGGGCUGGCUUGAUUACACGUGGUCUGCGGUUGUGAGGCCGGUUGGACGUACUGCCAAAUUCUCUAAAAUGACAUUAACGUUCAGAUCUCUGGCAACAGUUCUGGUGGACAUUCCUGCAGUCAGUAUGCCAAUUGCAUGCUCCCUCAACUUGAGACAUCUGUGGCAUUGUGUUGUGAAAAGAAACUGCACAUUUUAGUGGCCAUUUUAUUGUCCCCAGCACAAGGUGCACCUGUGUAAUGAUCAUGCUGUUUAAUCAGCUUCUUCAUAUGCCACACCUGUCAGGUGGAUGGAUUAUCUUGUCAAAGUAGAAAUGCUCACUAACAGGGAUGUAAACAAAUUUGUGCACAAAAUUUGAGAGAAAUUAGCUUUUUGUGCAUAUGGAACAUUUCUGGGAUCUUUUAUUUCAGCUCAUGAAACAUGGGACCAACACUUUACAUGUUGCUUUUAUAUUUUGGUUCAGUCUAUAAUGAUAAUAAAUAAUAUGCCAUUUAGCAGACGCUUUUAUCCAAAGCGACUUAGUCAUGUGUGCAUACAUUUUUGCGUAUGGGUGGUCCCGGGGAUCGAACCCACUACCCUGGCGUUACAAGCGCCAUGCUCUACCAAUUGAGCUACAGAGGACCACUAUAGCUAUAAUUCACCAAUACAUUUCUUGGUAGUCAAAAUAAUAUUGCUAUCAGGUUGUAAAUCACAGCUGGCCUGGUACAAUGUUUGCUGCCUCCAUUCGGGAUGCACUGUUUAAAUGGCUCAAUAUUUUGGACGAAUGUAACAAAGGCUGGGAAUGACAAUACAAUCAAACUAAAAAGGGCGAUCACAAGUCAGUCAUAACAUGGCUAAAAGGCUAUCGUGUCUUUAUGUAGCAAGCUAAAAACACAGAACAUUAGCUAGCUAGCUGCUUGGAAGAUGUCAUGUCAUUGGAGGAGUGGGUGCGUGAUGCAGGUGUCAUUUGGUUAGCUAGCAAGAACUUGAACGACUGUUAUCCAGUUAGCAUAUCUCUUGCGUUCGCAAAUUCAGAGUAAGGUGUUCUCUCAUUUAUGUCUGGAAGUAGCUAGCUAGCUAGCCAACUUUAGCCAGUUAGCAUUGGGUGCUUGGUUGGGACAAGCAUGCAUUGUUGGCAGGAAAGCUGCAGAAGGACGAAUAGGCUACAAUUCCCUAUCGUUUCAGUGCAAUUUUGACGGCCAACUAGCUGAAAAAGUUUGAGAGGGUGUAUCUAAUGUUCCUUCGUUAGAUGUUAGCUCAUCAUUCUCUGGCUAGCAUUAGUUGAUAUUUUUGUUGAUGUGCAUAACUGAGGGAGAGCGAGCCUACCUUUUUGUAUGGUUGUUUGAUCAAUGAGACUGUAAAGUUCCCAAAUGUAAGAGGACUCCCAAGUGGUAUUGACAUAUUUGCAGAAAUCCAUUCGGGUGUAUUUUGUGGCUUUUGCCGACUACGUUCUAAUGAUCAAAAGUCGCGCUGUUGCAAUUGCCUGUAAACACACAGUCCAGUUCAAAGUGAAUGAUGGCAGGCCUGUGUGGCAAAUAAAGGCCUACUGUAGCUCUGAUUGGCUAUGGCGCACCGGUCUGUGUAGACUCUGAUCCUGGACGAGACAGAUGUUUUAUUUACUGUAGUUAAUUGUCCAAACGCACGGCCGCUUUCCCACUCUAUAUUGCUAUAGAACUUUCACAAAUGCCUUAGAUAUGGUCAUUUUCAAGUUCACGUAUACUAAGUGCUCGCUUGUCAUAAAAUGGUUAAAGUGUCAUUCUUCCUGGGGGUGUAUAUGAACAGAUUUUAAUAAGAUUUAAUGUUGCUAAAAUGCUGUCAGUUCCAUUUAAGGGUUGCGGUUGCAUUUCAACGUGCCAUUAUGACUAUGGAAGAGUUGUUGCAGUAGUACUGAAGGUGUAGUGGCUGAAAGCGUGAAAUAUGUAAAUAUUUCUCUACGAGUUGUUGCUUCACAGGUGUGACCGAGCAGCACCAGUAGGUGUUUUUUUUUACUCCCAUUUGUGGCAUGUUGUGUCCAGGCAUUGCAGUGUUUCCAGGAGGUGGCGACAGAGGUGGAGAAGGAGGAGUUUCUUCUGAGAUUGACAGGAGCUGAGGGGGAGGCUGCGGCUGCACCGAGACUACAGUACUACAACAAGGUUACUAUUGGAACCCGUUCUUUAGAUAAUGAAUAACAUGCUCUUUUGGAUUAUUUCUUAAAAGUAGGCGGCUGCUCACGCCCUAUGAACCCUUUCAAAUAAAAUAAUCUGGAUGCGUGUGGUGUAUGUUAGUGGGGGUUUUUGGUACAGUGUUUUACUUAUUCUCAAGUGUGUGUGUUAGGUGCUGCAGUUGCUGGAGGAUGUUGGUCUGCCAGAGCUGGUCAUCCAUCUAGCCACUCUGGCCAUCACAGAGGCUGUCAACGACCCCAUGAGUCAGGCUGCCCUGUGGACCCGCAUCUUCAAGCAUCACCUGGACCUGGGACACAACAGCCAAGCCUACGAAGCCCUCACACAGAACCCUGACUCCAGCAGCCAGUUAGACUGUUUGCGUCAGCUUGUAGUGGUUCUGUGUGAGCGUUCUCAGCUCCAGGACCUGGUCCAGUUCUCCUACGUCAACCUGCACGACGAGGUAGACACACUUACUUUCUCUUUACAUUUGGUUAGAGCCCAGUAGAGCGCAUUAUGGACUAUAUAAUUGUAUUAGAUCAAUCAGAUGAAGUGUUUGACCCUCCUCUUGUUUCUUUCUCUGGCUGCAGGUGGUCAGCAUCAUAGAGUCCAGAGCCAGAGCAGUGGACCUGAUGUCCCACAACUACUACGAACUGCUCUACGCCUUCCACAUCAACAGACACAACUACAGGAAAGGUGAGAGGAGCCUGGGACUCUUUCUGUCAGAUGUUAGCACUUUGUUUGGAAAUGAGGGUGGCGGUAUUUCUUUUUACGCACUCUCCAUUUUGUGUGUGUUCCUUUUAUUUUUGUAUGUGUGUGUUUGUCCCUGUGUGUGUGUUCUGUCCUCCAGCGGGUACGGUGAUGUUUGAGUACGGCAUGCGUCUGGGCCGGGAGGUAAGGACACAGCUCGGUCUACAGAAACAGGUCAACUGUUGCCUGGCCUCCCUCAACUGUCUACGACUCAUUAGACCUGACUACGCCUGGAUCGUCCAACCCUCCUCUGGAGCGGUGUAUGAGAGGCCCGCCGCAUCACCAAAGAGGAACUACGAUGGAGAGUUUGCUACUGGUCCAGGUGAGCCACUAUAGGCAUAGAUAUCGAUUUGUGAUUAUUAUAAUUACCUCUGUAAAUGUUUGUUCAUUACCAUCUUUACACCACUAUUUGUUUGGUAAGCGGUGUGAAAUGUGUAUGAUGACAGGCUCUAAGUUGUACAGUAUUGUAAUUGUAUGUCUGUGUCACUGCAGUGAGUGGUCAGAUAGACAUCCUGGAGCUGAAGGACCUUCAGAAGGAGUACGCCCUGGCCCGUAGCCGCCUCACUCUGGCCCAGCACCACCCACCCUCCGCUGCCAUCGCAGGUAACAUAUUCCCAAAAGUGAAUGAAAGGUGACUUGUCAGUAAGCUAUCACCAAUGAUUGUUUGCCUUGAUACCUCUUAAUGUGAUGAUAAUUUAAAGGGCAGAACAUUAUUCCUGUAAGGAAACAAAUUCACAACACCAGAAAUGUAACACAGUACUAUCUGUCGGUCUGUGUGUGGUGUUGCAGGCAGCGCCUCUGCAGUGGAGAUGGUGUCCCUACUGGUCCAAUCAGGACUGUUCGACUGUGCCCUCUCUCUCUGCCAGACCUUCAAACUCUCCCUCACUUCCAUCUUCGAGGGACUUGCCUUCAAGUAAGUAACAGGCUGUUAGGGCAGAGUCAACUGCACAGAUGGACUUGAAUUUAUGCGCAUAUCCCUCGUUGACAAAGCAUGAUUGACGUGAAUUUCCUAAUUAUGCAUGCAGUUAGUAUUCAGCCUGUAGCGUUGGUAUUCAGCCUGUAGCGUUGGUAUUCAGCCUGUAGUGAUCACACCAAAGUAAUUAGUCUUGCCUUGUCCUAACUAACUAAUGUAGAUACAGGGGGUUUCUUCCUGUUUGUGGUGAUGCUGGCAGUGUUUAAAAAAAUGUCUCCCUACAUUUUCUUUUGUGUUUCUACAAAUAUCCACCUUUUUGUAUUUCCAGGUGUAUAAAGUUACAGUAUGGUGGAGAGGAGAAACAGAAUGGAGCCUGGAACUGGCUGGCUGCCAAUCAGCUGUCUACCAUCAUCACAACCAAACAAUCAAGGUUGGUUCAAUUAUGACCUCUUCAUGGUACAAAUUGGCUAGAAAAUACCACAUUGUCCACCUUGUGGUGCUGUUGGGAAUAUUAAAAACAAUGCAAUAAAAAUAGAAGUGAAAUCGUGUGAGUAAAAAAACAUAUAUUUUUUUCCUCCAGUGCGACAGACGAGGCUUGGCGCCUUCUGGCCUCCUACCUGGAGAAGCACCCUACCCAGAAUGCUCAGCACCAUCGCUGUGUCCUCAACAAGCUGCUGUCACAUGGCGUACCGCUGCCCGACUGGCUGGUCAAUGCCUUCAAGGUGAGAGAGCAUAGUAUUUGUGCAAAUAUUGAUGUAUGCAUUUACAUUACACUAAAUACAAUACACAUUUUCCGAGAAGGACACCUAGAAAUGAAUUAAAUGGAGUCCAUAAAUGUACCUUUUUGUAGUUGCAUUUGCUCCCUGUGUAUGAUAACACAAGCUUGUUUUGUCAGGGGGUGGACGCUGCAGCGUUGUUAAGGCUCUACCUGAACUAUGACCUGCUGGAGGCAGCAGCUGAGCUGGUUUUGGAGUAUGUAGACGCCCUCCUGGGGAAGGGACACCAGUACUUUGGCAUCGAGGUACACUAUACACUGAGUGUACAAAACAUUAGGAACACCUGCUCUUUCCAUGACAUAGACUGGCAAGGUGAACGCUAUGAUCCCUUAUUGAUGUCACUUGUUAAAUCCACUUCAAUCAGUGUAGAUGAAGGGGAGGAGAAAGAAGGAUUUCUAAGCCUUGAAACAAUUAAGACAUGGAUUGUGUAUGUGUGCCAUUCAGAGGGUGAAUGGGCAAGACAAAAGAUUUAAGUGCCUUUGAACGGGAUAUGGUAAUAGGUGCCAGGCGCACCGGUUUGAGUGUGUCAAGAACUGCAACGCUGUUUGGUUUUUCACGCUCAACCGUUUCCCGUGUGUAUCAAGAAUGGUCCACCACCCAAAGGACAUCCAGUCAACUUGACACAACUGUGGGAAGCAUUGGAGUCAACAUGGGACAGCAUCCCUGUGGAACGCUUUCGACACCUUGUAGAAUCCAUGCCCCGACGAAUUGAGGUUGUUCUGAGGGCAAAAGGGGGUGCAACUCAAUAUUAGGAAGGUGUUCCUAAUGUUUUGUACAUCACUUCCAUGUUUAGGAUGUGUGGUUGUUUUACCCAUCUUACAAUCUGGCCUUAAUGGCCAUGUACUCUUAUAAUAUCCACAUGGCACAGCCAGAAGAGGACUGGCCACCCCUCAGAGCCUGGUUCCUCUCAAGGUUUCUUCCUAGGUUCCUGCCUUUCUAGGGAGUUUUUCCUAGCCACCGUGCUUCUACAUGCUUUGCUUGCUGUUUGGGGUUUUAGGCUGGGUUUCUUUAUAGCACUUUGACAUCUGCUAAUCUAAAAAGGGCUUUAUAAAUACAUUUGAGUUGAAUACACUUGAUUCUCAUCUCUAGAUAAGGGUCUAAAAUGUAAAUGUAAUAGGGAUUGAAAAGUCAAAUGUUUGUCCUUUAAGUGUUUCUUUCUGGUAAUGCUGUGUUGUACAGAGGCCCCUUUCGGCCACAGCACCGUUGGUGUGGCUCCCAUACACGUCCAUCGACCAGCUCCUCCAGUCACUCAACAAGACCCAGACCAACGCCAGUGUAAGUCCAUUCAAAAUACUAUUUUUGAAAUCUGUUUGACAACCUGUGCUGACAUCAAACCUGACAUGACUUUGUCCUCAGUUUAAAAGUUAAAACGCACCACCAUGCUCCUCUCAUUACUUGUCCUCUCCCUCUCAGAUGUACAAGAAACUGCAGGACAAGCUGAAUGACUAUCACAAACUGGUGGACCAGACGACGAGGAGAAGGCUCCAGGCCCAGUAGCACGUCUGUCUGUCAGAACACAGCACUGCUUGCAUCCAGAGUCUACUCUACUACUAGUGUGCACUCGCACACUCAGUCAUGGAUUUAAAAGCAUUGGAUUGGUGUAAUCAUUAGCUGGAGGAUGUUUCUGCCAUUGCUAAAUCCAUGACGGGGAAGGUGGAGGUGCACACUUUAGGAGGUGGGUGGAGAAUCGGGUACAGCCUGGCCCCACUGCCCCUACAUAUGGUGCUGUCUCACUAUGGCCAUGACUCUCUGGAACACAAAACGGACUCAAUGGAAGAAGGGUAA